AUGGACUCGAAACUCUGUUCCAUGUUGUGCUUUGCUCUCUUCCUUUGGGGGACCUUUGCAACACCGGUUAAUAGAACGCAGUUGAAGUCAAUGUCUCCUGACAUCACGCCCGCUGGCUUUUACUACUACCCAAACCAAUUUCAAUUUGGAGAAAUCCCGAGUUACGGCUCCAUGCCUGGGGACGUUGUCUACCAACAGGCAGUCCACAAUUACCACUUCGGUUCCUACGUUCCACUUCCUCCGAUGGAACCCGUUUGGUACCCACCACAGUCUCAGUUUCCUCUCUAUUUUCCACAACCACCAGUUGGCUUGAUUUUCAGACCCAAAAUGACAAAAGAAGAGGAGUUCUACAAGAAUGACCCAACUGAUCGAAUGGAUCCGGCAGUUCAUUAUGCCAUUUUGAAGUACAUGCCCACAAUCCCUGUGGAGUUAGCCAAUACCCUGUACGACAUGGAACCCAACUACGUGAAGUACAUCCUAAGUAGGCAUCAAUACCUUCCACAACUGUUGAUGUCCAUGGAUUCUACCACUUUAAACUACGUCCUUCUUAUUGGAGAUCUGGGUGGCGAAAUAGCUCAAUUCGGUGUGGAAGAUGUGAACAAUCUUUUCCACAAAAUGGACAGCCCAUGCGCAUAUAUUUUAAUCCAGAAAAAUGAUGUUAGGCAAGCGAUUAUUGCAAAGGCACCACAUCUGGCUUCGUGUAGGGCGGCUCCAAUUCAUUCAGAGAUUAAUACGCCUAAGUCUAAGCCUACUACUGCUAAACCAGUAAGUGCAAUGAGCAUUUUGAAACUCGCUAAUCAAAGAAAACUGAAAUCGGUGCGAUCUGCGUUGCCCACAUUCGAUCAGGAAGUGGAAGGACUCGUCAGAAAGUACGGUGAUGUCUUCAGCGUGAAUGCUGAUAAACUGAACGCGGAAGGUGUCAAACAAAUUCUUCUUGAAAAUUGUUCUCAUGAACCUCUCUUUAAAAUCUUAUUUGACCUUUUCUGA